CUUUUAUAAAGUCUGCUAGCUCUGGACACAUAGCGGACCGCCCUAAGACACGUUCUCUCGGUUCAAAAUGCUCAGAGUGAUAGAACGUAUUAUAGCUCCCAUCCGCCAAACUGGAUCACUAGACUCUACAUCGCCAAUUUCACCUAGACCAGACUCAGGAAUUAGUGAAGUAAGUAGCUCCGUUAUAUCCGGACCACCGACGUCUCCCGCUUCACGAGGCCGCGCACGGUAUUGGUUGAGAAAAGGGUCAGCACCCGCAUAUAAUCGACCUAUAUUGUCCAAUUUGGAGCCUACUCUAGAGACUCCGUACCAUAAUCAAGGCUCGAGCUUCUAUACACCAUUAUCUCCUCCCGAUACGCCCAACCUUGAUUCACUACAAGAUCCACACCUAACCAAGAAGGAAGAGGAUAUAGAGAAAUCGAACAAUCAAGAAACUACAUCGGUAUUAUCUUCUGAUGAAGAUAAACCCGACAAUCUGGAAUCACGUCGAAAAUUAGGGCGGCCAACACAGGCCCGAGAGGCUCGAGAACAACGAGUCCAGGACGUCCUUACUAUUAUCAAACAAUUAAAGAGCGAAGAAUACUCAACUGACGAUAUUCUGAUCGUAAAAGAAUUAUCAGAAUCAGAGUUCGACGACCUGAUUGGUGAACUGCAAACUGAUGAUAAUCUGAAAACCUAUUUUGAAUACGGUCUGUGCUACGAUUAUCCGUAUCGAAGCGAGCAAAAAGACCAUAUUGUCUUUCGCAUGAACUCACCGCUCCAUGAACACGUAUCCAGGCGAAUUUUUAUGAAACUGGCAAAUCAGAUAGAAACGCUUUCGAAGAGGGACACAAAUUCAGAGGAGCUCAACCAGGUCCUGAGUAAACCAUUUUACAUGACAGGAUCGGCGAGAAUUACCUCCAGGAAUAAGUCUCACGGGAAAAGUCCAGAUGAGAGUUUUCGAUAUCCUGACUGCACAUAUCCAGGACUGGUCAUAGAAGUGUCCUGGUUGCAAAGGCCGAAGGAGUUGCCAAAACGGGCAAAAGAAUUCAUCACCAAAAGUAAAGGUGACGUGAGAACUGUCAUUUCUAUCGAUAUAAACGAUAGUUAUGCGAAGCGGCAAAUGGGAAUGCCGGGAGAGGCCAAAUUUUCGGUAUGGAGGGCAAAUUGGGUCUCGGGUAACAAAGUAAUACCUAAGAUGAGCGUAGAUAACCAGGUAUUCCAGGACGAGCACGGACAAUUUAACCCUUCUGCCUCUGGCUUGCACCUCACGUUCGAAGAUUUUCUCUGCAGAAAAGUAGCGGACAUGUUGGGUCCUGACAACCCCCAUCUUGUAGUUGAAGCUAAUGAGCUAUACCAAUGGGUCCAGCAAGGACUAGCUGCCUUAAAUAUCCCGCCUCCUAUAUCAUCAGCAGAACAGAGUAACGCCUCUGAGCAGCAAGUUUUACCCGCGUCACCUCCAGACUCCCACGCGGAAGGUGUGGGAAUAUCGCAAAACGCGGCAUCAAACCUUGGCCAACCGGUAGGUCCACAUCCCCAAAACAAUUCACCACAAGGUCAAGCGCCGCUUGAGACUCAAGUGGAAAGACCGCCACGAAGAGCUCGUAUAAUCGGAGCUCAUAAAAUUUCGGCCUACUUCCGGAGGCGACGUAGGUAAAAUGUUUGGGGUAGAUGUUACGGCACGGUACUACAAGCGGUAUCGAACAAAGACCACAUAGAGAUAGUGUUGCUAGUUUUAUGAUGAACGGAUCUAGGAGGUGAUUAAGAUAUUAUUAAAAUAUUGAAGUGUAUUGAAAUGGUAUGUGAGAAGAUAUUGUUAGAACACGACUGAUCUCGACUGGUGUUGAAGAGCGAGCUGGCAAAGGCGUACACAAG